AUGGAUGUGGAAGAGAAGAAUGCUCCUUUUAGAGGAUUAGUCAAUCCACCAUCUGGUGACCUGCAUUUCUUGCUUAAAUUCGUCAUGAGCACUUUCUUGGGUCCUGAUGUGUACUCUGAUAACCCCAGAUGCUCGGCAGCUCAUAGAUUAGCUAAAGGGUUACCACCAUACACUUCAAACAACCUGGGUGACUCAUCUCUCCGCGUUUCUCAAUUGGAGAGCUUGUAUUACCAUGUCCUAAGACAUGCUCAUCCCAGCCUUGUUUUGAAUCCAAAUAUGUUGUAUUUGCAUCUUGAAGGCAAGUUGCAUCUGUCGGGCUCAGGGGCAAUUGAGGACUGUAAGCAGUUCAUAAGUUUUUUCCCUUUGAGUAUUCAUGGCCAUAAGAGGUACUCGACAAGCCAUGGAAUCGUGCAGGGGAUUGUUCUUAUUGAGAAUACCGAUACAUCUUACAUGAAAAAGGAGGACCUGGAAAGGUUCAAAUAG